AUGUCAACGGCCACAACACAUAAAAUCAUCUAUCAAAAGUACACACAAAUUGAUUUAAUAACAACAACUUUAUCAACAUCGAUUGAAAGUGUUUGUGAAAAUCAAACACAAUCAUAUUUGGAUGAAAUUGAAGACCGAAUUAAUGUUGUUGUACCAUAUUUGGUGAUACUAGGUAUUAUUGGUAAUGGUCUUUCAGUGCUUACAUUUUCUCAACGUAAAUUACGUAUACUUUCCUGUGGUUGUUAUUUAUUAUUACUUGCAAUAUGCGACACUAUUGCAUUAUUAAUUAUGUCUCGACCAUAUUUUUUUAAACAAUUAAAUAUGAUACAUCAUCUUAAUUCAAGUUUUCUUUGUGGAUUACAUUUAUUUUUAACAAAAAUAUUCGAUGAAUUAACACCAUGGUUAUUAGUUUUUGUUGCAUGUAAUCGUCUUGUUUUAUCACGUUAUCCACGUAAUGAUCAAUGUUUUCAAACAUCACGAUCCGCUCUAUGGAGUACAUUAUGUCUUUUAAGUAUAAUUGUGUUUAUUAAUUUACAUUUGUUAUUUGGUAUUGGUGUUGGUUUCUCACCAUCACAACCAUGUAUAACUGCUUGCGGUCCAUUAACAAAAUCUCCAUUAUAUUUGUUUUUUUAUAAAAAUGUCAGUCCAAUAAUUGACUUAUUUUUAAGUUUGAUAAUACCAUUUUGUAUUGUAUUUAUCGCUAAUAUAUUCAUAUUAGCCAACAUUAGACGUGUUAAAAAACAAGUGAUGCGUACACGUCGUCGAAAACGAGCCAGUCGGAAUGCACGUUUAAGUAUUGUUCUACUUGCUGAUCUUAUAACAUUUCUUAUUGCUAGCGUACCUGUUUUAUCAGUUGAAUGUAUAUAUCGUUUUACACGUACUAUUGAACAUGAUGGAAAAUUCGAUGAAUAUAUAUCAAUAGCAUGGAUAAUAGCAAAUAAAGUUUUUUAUUUAAAUUAUUCAUUAUCAUUUUAUUUUUAUGUAUUAACAUCAUCAUAUUUUCGUCAUCAUUUUCUUCUUGCAAUACGUUGUAAAAAAUUGCAUAAUAUUCUAUUUAGAAGAGCACGAAAUAAUCGUCAAAGUUAUCAAACAACUGAUUUUGCAACAAAAUGUCGUACUAAUCGUCUAUCAUCAACAUCUAGAAUACCUACAAAAAAUCGUGAUUCAAAUUUAACUUGUGUACAACAAAAAACUUUCCAACAAUCACAAGACAUUACGUAUAUGAAUAAUAGUAUUAAUGAAAUGAUGCCAUUACGUGGAAGUCGAACUUCAUUAACUGUACCAAAUGGUACUUUAGUUUAUGUUUAA